CGGCAGCAGCAGAAGACCCCUCGUCUCUCCCGCAGCUUGAAAACUAACGCCGGAGCGUGGCAUCCCCCGCCGUGCGUGCUCGUGGGGGGACGGGCUGUGCAGACCAGGGCAGCCUUGGCAACCUCGCAGUCACAGCUCAAUGUCAUUGGCGUUGUAGGGUACAGGCUGCUGCUGCUCCCAGUUGAGCCGCGUUCCCCGUAGAUCGCGUGCUGCCCGUGGGUAGUUAGUUACUCGGUGGUUUAUUUUUAGGCACAGCUAGUUACUUUUGCGACCGUGUUGGCUUGCUGGAGCUGUUUCUGUUUGGGUUUCUGGGGGGCGCCCCUGCAGUUCUUGGAAGCCCCUGUUCGGGAAGCCCACCCUCCUUCGGUUCCUUGGGGUAGGGUGUGGGGGGGUGGUGGUAAAGGUAGGCGACUAGAGCUUUUUAUGGAAUAAAAGAGGAUGCCUGCGGGAAUCAGCAGAGAGGAGGAGGAGAAAAUCCUACACAAGAGCUCCCUCGGCAAGGAUUGCACCACAACAGCUAAUGCUGUGGCAUAUAAUCUCCUUUGAUUGCCCUCUAACUGUGCAUGCAUCCGUCAAUAUUUUAGCAGCUCUGCAAAUAAAUGGACUCGAGUGCCACCUUCCCCGUCAAGCCGAGGUGGAAGGGCUCCCCUCUGCUCCCCCACCCCCCCAGCCUCCCGGCCGCCUGCCUUUCUCAUCAUGUGGAUACGUGUCAGCGGUGUAGGUUUUCGGUGCACUUACUCCAACCCCGAUCGCUGCUGUAAUUAGAUCAAGCUGCCAUGGCAACAGACAGUGUGCCUCGUCCAUUCAGGGCCAUCGUGCAACAAGUCGCCAGGGUGAUCCCUUCGAGAAGCAGGCUUGGAUUUCGUCCUCGCCCCACGGGCUCCUCCUCCACAGCCGCCACUGGGAAGUGCAUCUCCUGUCAGCAUCCUGGGCCAUCAUGUAAGAGCCUGCUUUGAGGCCUCCCUGGGAGUGCUGUCACAGGCCGUGAGCACGAGGGGCAGGAGUGGACCCCAGCCCGCACCGAGGAUCCUGAAACACAGCGCCUCUCUGGUCUAGGCAUCUGAUACAUCCUACUGCCACUCUUUAUGUUCAAGCAGAAUCCUUGUGCGGGCAUCUGCUGAGAAGAGACCAACUGCAUACGGUUCUCCAUUGUGAUGAAAGCACAUGGUACAGGUCAUUUCCACCUCUCCGGGGAAGGAAGGAAGGCCCGGAGCCCUCCCGCUUCUGUAGGACAUCUUCAUGGUGAAGCGUAAGCUGAGGCUACCUGGGAACGUCGCACAGUGAAUGCUAAUCCAGAGCUGCUGCUGGCCGAUCACACCCACGGGGAGAUGAUUCCUCAUGAAGACCCUGGAUCCCUGGCAGACAUCCAAUGUGACUUUCCGUUUAUCAGACUAAAAGCAGAGCCAGCCAGCCAGUGAAUCCGGUUACCGUGGACGGGGCGUGGCGAAAAAUGAAAUCCAACCAGGAGCGGAGCAACGAAUGCCUGCCUCCCAAGAAGCGAGAGAUCCCCGCCACCAGCCGGCCCUCGGAAGAGAAGGCAGCGGCCCUGCCCACCGACAACCACAGGGCUGAGGCGGCAUGGCUCCCCAGCAACCCUGGUGGCCGUGGCCACGGGGGUGGGAGGCACGGGCCGGCGGGGACUUCUGCGGAGCUCGGUUUACAACAGGGAAUAGGUUUACACAAAGCGCUGUCCACUGGGCUGGACUACUCCCCACCCAGCGCCCCCAGGUCGGUGCCAGCAGCCACCACGCUGCCCGCAGCGUACCCUCCCCCACAGUCAGGGACCCCAGUGUCCCCCGUGCAGUACGCUCACCUGCCGCACACCUUCCAGUUCAUCGGGUCUUCACAGUACGGUGGACCCUAUGCCGGCUUCAUCCCUUCCCAAUUGAUCUCCCCGACGGCCAGCCCCGUCACCAGCGUGGUGGCCACUGCGCCAUCUCAGCGCUCCCAGCUGGAGGCCUACUCCACUCUGCUGUCCAACAUGGGUGGGCUGAGCCAGGCCCCGGGGCACAAGGUUGAGCAUCAGCAGCAACUGUGCAGGGCUCCGGGGCUUGUCACCCCGGGGUCCCCCCCACCCACCCAGCAGAACCAAUAUGUCCACAUCUCCAGUUCUCCGCAGAGCUCCGGGCGCCCAGCCUCUCCCCCGCCUGUGCCUGUCCACCUCCACCCCCAUCCGACGGUGAUCCCACACACGCUCACUCUGGGGCCCUCCUCCCAGGUCGUCGUGCAAUACACAGAUUCCGGCAGCCACUUUGUCCCCCGGGAGUCCGCCAAGAAAGCCCUGGGUAGCAGGCUACAGCCAUCCCUCCAGGCCAAGGAGGUCUUAAAUGGGGAGAUGGAGAAGAGCCAGCGGUAUGGGGCUCCAUCCUCAGCAGACCUGGGUGUGGGCAAGGCCGGGGGCAAGGUGGUCACUCACCCCUACGAAUCCAGACACGUGGUAGUGCACCCAAGCCCGGCGGACUACAGCAGCCGAGACCCGCCAGGGGUACGAGGCUCCGUGAUGGCUUUGCCCAACAGCAGCACACCGGCCGCAGUGGCAGCCUCUGACCUGGACGUCCAGCAGGCCACGCAUCGUGAGGCCUCGCCCUCCACCCUCAACGAUAAAGGCAGUCUGCACUUGGGGAAGCCGGCCCACCGCUCCUAUGCGCUGUCACCCCACACGGUUAUCCAGACCACGCACAGUGCUUCAGAACCACUUCCGGUCGGACUGCCAGCCACAGCCUUCUACGCGGGCACGCAACCCCCAGUCAUCGGCUACCUGAGCGGCCAGCAGCAAGCAAUCACCUACGGCCAGCACCUGGUGAUCCCUGGCACCCAGCCCCUGCUCAUCCCGGUUGGGAGCUCUGACAUGGAGGCGUCAGGGGCAGCCUCUGCCAUCGUCACAUCGUCGCCCCAGUUUGCUGCAGUGCCUCACACGUUCGUCACUACCGCCCUUGCCAAGAAUGAGAACUUCAGCCCCGAGGCCCUGGCCACCCCGGCUGCCUACCCAGCAAUGGUACAGGCCCAGUUCCACCUGCCCGUAGUGCAGUCGGUGGCGUCCCCCGCAGCAGCUCCCCCCACGCUGCCCCCUUACUUCAUGAAAGGUUCCAUCAUCCAGCUGGCCAACGGGGAGCUGAAGAAGGUGGAGGACUUGAAGACGGAAGACUUCAUCCAGAGCGCCGAGAUCAGCAGCGACCUGAAGAUAGACUCGAGCACCGUGGAGAGGAUCGAAGACAGCCACAGCCCCGGCGUGGCCGUGAUCCAGUUCGCAGUCGGGGAGCACCGAGCGCAGGUAAGCGUGGAAGUCUUGGUGGAGUAUCCUUUUUUUGUGUUUGGACAGGGCUGGUCGUCCUGCUGUCCAGAGAGAACCAGCCAGCUCUUUGAUUUGCCGUGUUCCAAACUCUCAGUUGGGGACGUCUGCAUCUCGCUUACCCUCAAGAACGUGAAGAAUGGCUCUGUUAAAAAGGGCCAGCCCGCCGAUCCUGCCAGCGCCCUGCUGAAGCAUGCAAAGACUGACAGCCUGGCGGGCAGCAGACACAGGUACGCCGAGCAGGAGAACGGGGUCAGUCAGGGAAGUGCUCAGAUGCUGUCUGAGAAUGGGGAACUCAAGUUUCCGGAAAAGAUGGGCUUGCCCUCAGCGCCCUUCUUUGCAAAAGUCGAACCCAGCAAGCCCACGGCCAUGAGGAAGAGGAGGUGGUCGGCACCCGAGACGCGCAAACUGGAGAAGUCCGAGGACGAGCCGCCUUUGACUCUUCCCAAGCCUUCUCUGAUUCCUCAGGAGGUCAAGAUUUGCAUCGAGGGCCGGUCUAACGUGGGCAAGUAGAGACAAAGCAUGGGCCACGCGAUGCGGCUGUCCUGUGCCCUUCGUAUCCAGAUUACUGUACUGUAGGCUAAAUAACACAGUAUUUACAUGUUAUCCUCCUCUUUAGAUUUCUGUUCUAACCUUGUCAUUAGAGUUACAGCAGGUGUCACAGGAGACUGGUGCAUACGCUUUGUCCGCAAGUGUCUGUCGGGGAGUGGCAGGGAGGGUCUUUGGCAGACGUACUGGGUGGGAGCGAAUGUGGCUUCCUGGUGCCUGACUCCCCCAGCAGCCAUUAUGGAGCCCGAGUGCCACAGGUGUCCCUGGGAGUCCACCGGGAAGGGCCCUGCAGGGGUGGAAGGGUGCAUGCCUGUUGGGGGUGCUUGGGUGCCUCAGCAGCAGAACCUCUGAGGGUCUCUUUUUCUCUGCCUCCCUCUGUGUCACUCUCUUGCCAUCAGCAUAGGCUUGCUGGGGCAAGGCGGGGAUGCGGUGCAGAGCAGAGCAUCCUCUUGGGGUUCUCACAUUCAAAGUCAGCAUCGGGAAUGCAGUUUCUGGGCAGGUGGCAGAUGGAAAGGAACGCUCUCCUCCAUUUCAAUGAAUGGUUUUCUCUCCAACAUAUUUUACAAUAAAAGCAACUUUUAAUCAUAUAGAGAUAUAUUUCCCCCUAUGGGGCCUUGACUGCACUGAUAUAUAUAAAUAUAUAUAUAUUUUUUAAAGAGCAACUGCCACACAUGGGAUUUCAUUUCUGCUUUACUGGUGCAGCGAUGUUGCUAGGGUGUUCGCAGUGGCUGGGAAGGCCCUGCCCAGGUGACCCCUGGUCUACACCCUGAGGGGUGGCUGGCUGGGACUGGGGCUGGGGCAAGGGACUACCCACACCGCUGGUUCUGUGCAGUGUUAGCAAAAGCAAUCAGGUCCUAGCCUUGACGUCACUUCCAAGAGGAGGGACGCAAGGUGCCAGUGAGUGAGAGCAGCGGAAGCUCUUGCGCUGGGUUAGCAAAGAAACCUUUGUGUCUUUGCGCUCUAGUCCUAUUACGCGUUCAUGGCAAAGGACAACAAGGGUGCCACUGUUCGCAGAUUCCAGUGUGAUGGGAGGAGUUAGAAGAGCAUGUAUUCCUGUCUCUGAGCACUUAGAAUGCGUCACACUUUGGUCUGUCAUUUGACGAGUACUGUAUCUCACUUUAAACUGGCGGGGAAGAGACGACGACAAAAACCAAACUCAGUUGCUUUCUUUUUUUUUGGGGGGGGGGUGGGUUUCAACACUGUAACUGCAUUUCGGCUCUGCAGAGUGACUCGCGGCAAGAUCUCGAAGGUCUCCCUGUGGUUUAAAGGGAUCAAUGUGAAUGACGAACUAGUGUGUGACGGUCCAUGACCACCAAGGGACUACCUGACAGGAGGCACUUGUCACUUUGAUGUCGCAGGAAGAGUGAGAAGGCUUAUCGUAUGGAGAGUUGGCAGAGAAGCAGAGAAAAGGGAUGGAGAGAAGAACCCUCGUUUUUUUGUCCAGUGUUUUUCCUUUUAAGAUGAACUUUCAAAGAACCUUGCGAUUUGCACAUCUUGAGUUUAUAAUCUGUGUGAUAACUCCUGCAGUUUUGAACCUAACAUUGUGGGAAAGGUUUGGGGGUCUGAACAGCAUCAAUAAAUGUAGCAGAAUUACUUUCUCAACUGCCUAAAACUCUAGGCUACUAUUUUAUAAGGUUAUGUUCCUUUCAGAACUCAUUUUGCUCUUUUCUACCACCUCUGUCACAAAAAAGCCAGGUCUUGGCAGGACAACUCGGAAUUGUCUUCAGAUCUAUUCACCGAGAGAGUUUUCCAUAAAGACAUUUAUAUAUGUGAGCAAGUUUUUUUUUUUUUCAAAGGAUUACUUUAUUAUUGUUGUUAUUAAUGUUAUUUUCGGAAAGACUUCUCUAAUUUUUUUCCCCCUUCUGUUAGAAAUCAAAUCAAGAUUUAGUGUUUGGUACAAAUCCAGAAAGGGUAUUUCAUAGUUUAAACCCUUCAUUCCCAGGGAUUUGAAAUAUCAUGAGUGGAUUUUUGAGGGUAUCUCCAAAUGCUUUAAAAAAGAAAAGAGUUUUUAUAAGUUGGGAGAAUUUUAAAAAAUAUUCUCGGAUGGUUGCAGCUAACCAGAACCAGUGCUUAUCUGAUGUUUCAUUUGCAUCAUUGAAAAAUCACCCUUCAGCCAUUUCUCAAAUUCUCAAAAGGAAGGUAUGCUGACCUCGACCUGCGAGUUGGCCCCCCUGGGAUUCCUCUGUAUUUGGUCCUCAUGGAGUCUGGAUGAUUUUUACAAACCACUUUCUUGGGUGUACCAAAAACACUUGCCUAGGUUCAGAGUAGCUAGACCCCAUCCGUGAAUGUCAUUACCCUUGCAGCUCGCUAGCAGGGCUGGCUUGGGUGGGUCCGACCUCAGUCAAGGCUGCUUAGUUAAAUGCUGUAUUUUUUUUUUCCAGACAUUUCUGUUUCAAGAACUUGCUUCAUCUUCCACAUAUUCUGCUCAGGGCACUUGCAAUGAAUAGGUUUUGCUUUUCCUUUUGUUUCCUGAUGGUAAGAGGACGAUGGGGCUGCCACAGAAACUUGGUUCUCACAUGGACUCAGAAACACACACAUAUCCCUCUGGCUCACUUCACUCACUUGAACUGACCCUGAUCCACUCCCCCCGACACUAAAAUGGGAAAACACACGUGGUUCGGAGCAAUAGGCACAUCUUCAUGAUUUUUGUGGUUCUAGUUCCUGCAUAGGAAUUCUCAAACAAUUGGUUCUUUCUAAAACCUUCCUUCCAUUUAAUACUCUCCUGCUUUUUUAGCCUGUGCAAUACUUUCUGUGCCAAUAACAUCUGACCCAGUGUGCUACGGUUCGAAGCUCGCUCCUUUGAGACUUCUUCCUUCUUUGCUCCAUCUUUCCCAUCUUCUCCAUGUGACCAGGAAUGGAGACAGCCUCCUCCCAGCCGUCCCAGCUGUGGAUGCCCAAGAUCUGGGUGGGAGUCUUCAGGAGCCCUCCCUGUGUCUGCUGCUAUGCAGCAGAAUGAAGAGGCGGUGGGAGAACCACAGGGUCCCGUGGCAUCACAGAAUAGUGACAGAGCAUGGCCAGGAAGGUUGCAGGUCUGGGACGCACUCGGGAGCAGCAUAGGCUGGAGGUGACUGUGUGGUCCAAGGUCUUUCCAGCUGGCAAGCACAUUGCCCGUCCUCUUGAGCCUGUGUCCUCCGAGUGCGGCUGACAUGUGUGACCGGGUGGGUGUGUGAAUGCAUGUUGAGGACCAGGGACUGGGGAGGAGGAGCCUAGCUGCCAACCACGGUCCUCGCCCCUGGGAGGGGUGGCCAUGACCGAUGCUCCAUGUAGCAAGCCCUAUGGGUGAUGGAGGCUGCACUUCUUGGGUGCGCUGCAGCUCACAAGCAGCAGCAGCAUGCCUCUCUAUUGUGUCCACUUGGCAGUCCUCACCCAGAGCCGUGUUGUGUGAGCCUGUGCAUUCUUUCCUGUUUUCCAUUUUGAAACUAACAACAGGCCUUCUGUGUUUACAACCAAACACAAUCACCAAGAAAAUGAGUCAGGGCGAAAAGAAAAAAAAAAAAAAGAAUACUAUUCAUAACAAACCAACAAACAAAAACCUCUCUGUAUAGGGAUUUCUAAAUAUAUAAAAAUGACUGUUCUUAGAAUGUUAAUGAAUCUUUCAGUUUUCCUGGGCCACCUUGGGGCAGGGGGCAGGGGGUGGUGGGCGGUGAGGGAGGGGGGACGGCAGUGAACGCCACUUACCUCGAAUCGUUCAAGUGGACUCCAGGUUACAUUUUUGUUUGGCCUGGCUGGGGGGGGGGGGUGGGAGGGCACCUUUUCUACAUGGGUGGGUUGGUUGAUCAGUCGAUCCUGGGUUCCCGAUGCAUCUGCAUACCCGAUGUGGCAAUGGGAUGACUUGGUGUCACUCGGCAGCGUGACCCCAGCUUCUCCCUCAGAGUCGUGAGCCUCUGUGUGUUGUGUGAGGUGAGUGUGAUGGGCUUUUCCCUUCCCCCUUUCUUCCCGUCCCCCUCCCCCAUUCCUGGAAGUGGCAGUAUCCCUCCUCCCCCCUUCCCCUUUCCCCUACAAGGAAUACUCUGCAGAAACUUCACACCUCUUACUCAGGGACGGGGCUGGUGUGUGUGGUACACUGCGGUGUCCAGAAGCAGCACUUUGACUGCUCUGGAGUAGGGUUGUACAAGUUCAAGGACUGUUUGGAUUUCCUGUAUCUUGUGGAUGACUCCUUAGAUACUGCCUAGAUCGCAAUAUAAUGCUGCAUGUUCAGGAUGGACAGUAGCUCCUAGAAAUCCUAACAUCCACUCUUUGCACAGACGUUUGAUCUUUCCUGAAAGACGUUGCCAAAACUGAUUUUUCUGUUGUCGUUUGUAGUAGCUUUGGAUUUUGUUUUUGCUUCUUCAGGAAACAAUUGAUAAUACCCGCUAACAUCUGUGACUACUUAAGGAAACCUAUUUCUUUCGUUGAGAGAUGCUUGCGAAGACACUAACGCCAUGCUGUUUCAGACAUGGGUGAGGGCCCAGAGCUCCUGGGGCAGAAGACCAGGCUUCAGGAGCUUAGCUGGUUGUCAUAGCUACCGCAUCCUGAAGCAUAGGAUCUCAGCCGCCUGGCCUGCCCCCUUCCCAAAGCCCUGCAUUCCUCCAGUGCCCUCCAGUGUCACUCCUGAGGACUCCAGGUGACCACAGGGUCCCCCAGGGAUCCUGGUUGCUUGCGUGUAACCCGAAAGAGCGGUAUUUUUGACUUGUUUGUAAAGGGGGCGUGGUGAUGAUGGUGGGGAAUCCUUGGUUUCCACAUCUGGAUUUUUUUUCCACCCAAAAUUACUGAAAUAGCAAACUGAAGGACACACCCAGUCAUAAAUACACCGAGGAAGUGCUUCUGUCUCAAGCACCUGCCUACGCUGCGGUGUUGGGUUGGUUUCCGCUCUUUUCCACGGACAGUGUUGUGUUUCUGUUGCUAGGGAAAGUCCAAACGCCUUGUACACCUCUACCCCGGAGCCGAGAUUCCCUUCACAUAGAUGACCUCGCUUCAGAUGUGUUACCUUACCGGUAGGCUCUUUUCUUGUAGCACUAUACCUUGUGGGAAUUUUUUUUUUCUUCAAUGUACACCUAACUUGAGAAGCUGAAGAAAAUGCAUCUUAUAAGCACUCACUUUGGGGAGUACAAGGUAUUGUUUUUAAAAAAAAAAAAAUUGCACAAAAGAAAAAUGAAUGUCGAAACGCUUCAUUCAGUGUUUGAGAUAUGGAUCUGUUUCCUAUUUUCUUUGUAAAAAAAAAAAAAAGAAGGGUUGAAAGUGUUUUUUUUUUUUAUUUGUACAUAGAAAUGUGUCAUGUCUAAGUGAUGAGAUGUGUAUGGUUCUGGCCAGGAAGAAUGGUGACGUCAUAGGCUCGUAAAUGCUGCCUGAGCUUCCCUUGGCGUGGUCCAUGGCCUCUCACCUGAGGGGGCCGGGGAAGGGGACCCUGUAUUCUGCUAGUAGAGAAGACAGCCCAUCCCUGUGCUUGGAGACCCCCCUGAGCUCCCCGCAUAGUGUCAGCGCUCAAGCCAUUGCAAUUUCUUAUUCAUCUGAAGUCACACUGGACAUUUUCAGCACUUCUUGUUCGUAUAAACCCAAAGAAUAUAACCCUGAACAUGAAGUGUUUGUAACAAGGGAUCCUAGUUACCAAGAAAGCAGGAUAUGUGAUGUGGGGACAAAAAAAAAAAAAAAUACUGAGGGGCAUAAACCACAAAUUCCAAUAAAAUACCUUUUUUUCCCUUCAAGAGGCCAAAAUGAACAUGGAGCAACUUUUCAGAAGUGAUCUUCUUGUCCCAAAAUCAAGCUGGACAGUAACAGACUGGACAGCUCUGGGUUGCUAGCAAGCCCACCUCUAUUUCUCACAUUCAGAAUCCGCUCACUGCCCUUACACCUGGGUGUAGUUCUUCUGGUUGCUAAUAUCCACCUGUCCUAGGGCGGGAGGAACAGCGGCUGCAGUUUUUCAUGUCCCCAUGACUUGCCUACAAAUGGUUCAACUGUAUUAAAAUGAAGUGCAUUUGGCCAACAGGUAAUCUUUACCCAGUAACAGUCUCUAAGAAUGCCCAUAAACUUUUCUUCUCUGAAAGGAAUCCAGUCUUUUCACUGCAGAUACAUUGGAGACUUGUCCCACCCACAUCCUCCCCCCCAUCAAGUUGGCUUCUGUGGAUAACCCACCCACUCCCCCCCCGAGCCUGUCUCCUUUUCCGUGGUUAUAAUCAGAAGGCCUCCAUGGCAGGCACUGUUUACAGUGGUCCUUACUUACCAAGAUAACCCACAGUGCUCUGGGAUGGCCAAGG